AUGCGAAUAUCAUCUACAAUCGCUCAAUAUAAAAAGCAUCAAACAAAAUUUCAACAAAUAGGAAAGAUUGUUGCUGGAGGAAAUAAAAGCGGAAAUCGAUCAAAUCAACUUUAUUGUCCUACGAAAAUCUUUGUUGAUCAAAAUAAAACUAUUUUCAUUGCUGAUUAUGGAAAUUAUCGUAUUAUUGAAUGGAAAUUUAAUGAAACACAAGGAAAUAUUAUUGCUGGGGGAAAUAGAUUAGAUCAAUUGAAUAGUCCAACAGAUAUGAUUAUUGAUGAAAAGAAUAAUUCAAUUAUCAUUACUGAUUAUGGAAAUAAACGAGUAGUGAGAUGGUCAAGAAAUCAAAUACAAGAAAUUCUUAUUGAAAAUAUUUCUUGUUAUGGUUUAACAAUCGAUCAAUAUGGAUUUCUUUAUGUUUCUGAUAUUGAGGAGAAUGAAGUGAGAAAAUGGAAUUUAGAAAAGAUUAAAGAAAAUCCACAAGGAAUUUUAGUGGCUGGUGGAAAUGAAGAAGGAAAUCAACUAAAUCAAUUAAACUCUCCUUCUUACAUGUUUGUUGAUAAAGAUCAAUCAAUUUAUAUUUCAGAUUCUUCGAAUCAUCGUGUAAUGAAAUGGUUGAAAGAUGCUCGAGAAGGAAUUAUUGUUGCUGGUGGAAAUGGUGAAGGAAAUAAUCUUAAUCAAUUGAAUGGACCUCAAGAAUUAUUUGUUGAUGAAUUCAAUCAAACCUAUGUGGUAGAUUGUUGGAAUCAUCGAAUAAUGCGAUGGAAUGAAGGAGAUCGAGAAGGUGAAAUUCUUGUUGGUGGAAAUGGAAGAGGAAGUAAAUUAAAUCAAUUGAAUUAUCCUGCAGGUUUAUCAUUUGAUUUGGAAGGAAAUGUUUAUGUUUCAGAUUUUGGAAAUGAUCGAAUAAUUCGAUUUGAUAAAAUAAAUAUUCUUUGA